GCUCUUCGGCUAGGAAAACAAGGCAGCUGGAGGAGCAAAUGAAGAGCAGAGCCUGGCUCCACACCUGCCAAAAAAAUACUUUGCAUUGAUCGUCAAUUUCUUCUCCUGGUCUAGUCGUUGAUAGUGCGGAGACAGAGGGUGCGGCGCAGGCUCGCAGUGGGCCGUGUUUCACAUUAACAGUUGUCUGUGCACUGUCUGGACGAAGAGUUUGUUGACUCGCUUGACACCUGUCAGAAUGCCAGCAGUAAUUUUAGGUAAUUCUCGCGAAUUUGUAGCUGACGGCCAGGACAUCCACGACCAGAGAGGGCUCGGGCCGAGAACUGAAAACAACCCUGAAGCACGUCAACCUCAAGGUUCACUGGCUCGGAGAAUGGUCGCUUGUUUAAUUAACUGGCGAGUCUGCCGCAACGGUCGUUUAGCCCGUUUUGGAAUCGGCAGUUGGGUCUUCAUCCAGCCCGUCCUGUCUUCGUAUUCGACUUCAAGCGUGUUUCUGCCUUUCUCGGAUUCACGGUGGAUCCGUACCUUGUGUAUAAGAUCAGCACCGCUCCGUUCCACUCGAGGCCUUGUUCGAUGGUCUUCAUCGCCCCGCAAUGGUCGACGGAUCGGGUAUCUUGACACAGGAUUCCGCAGGCUGUCUGGGCACCAGCCGAUCCCUAACGUUUUUGACAGGAGUCUCGAUUCUGCGCCAUGCCUUGGUGAUGCACUCACAUGCAGGAAAAACUCCUCGACGAGUGGAUGUUGUGACAUUUACUGCUGCUUCGAUGACCACGAUUAGACCUGUCAACAGCGAAAUUUCGUUCAUUCCUGCCAUAGGCUACCAAUACCAAUGCCACCUGUAAGCCCUAGCAAAGGAGAUAUUUUCCGGCCACCAUGCAGAAAGUC